GAAAACGCCUCUUUCUCGUGGAACAAACCAAUCCUGUUGGAGUAAAGAGAGGGGAGGGGGGGACAGAAAAUCCCGACCUGUAAGCAAACAGCAGGCCGUUCCCUGACUGGCUGCUCCAGCCACCCCCACCCUCUUUCCAAGUAAACUGCAUUAAAAAAAAAAAAAAGAGAGAAAAAAACGCAGCCCACAUGACCCCGGCCGCGGCGGCAGCGGCGGUGGCUGGGCGCCGGCCGGCGGCACCUCCCCCUGCGCGGUCCGGAGCUCACACCCGCGCUCCCGCCGGCCCCCCGCCGCCGCACCGCCCACGGCCACGUUCACGCGCGCGGCCUCGCGCUCUGGUGCGGCUGCGGCUCGGUCGCCGCUGCUGUCGGCUGUACACGCAGGUCAUUAACGAGGGGGCGUGCCCGAGGAGAUUUUUCCCAUAAAGCAUUUUUUCUGUCUUUUUUUUUUCUCUUUUGCAAAACUGACUUUUACUCCUUUCCACUUCUCGCCAGUCGUUUCCAUCCCUCCCGGGCUGCUCGUGCUGCUGCUCUUAAGUUUAUUUUCCCGCCUGGUAGGGGUUUUAGGAUUCGGUUGGUGGUUUUCACUUCUUGUUGCUGCUGUGCCCAAGGAGGGAAAGAGGAGCAGCUGCAGGAGAAUCGGGGAGGUUUUCUGAUGUAGUCAUCGGGGAAGUGCCACUCGCUCUGCGUACUCUCUUUUUUUUCUCUCUCCCCAUUUCAAACUGAUUGAUGCAUCUCGACAAGUUGCCGGGCUUGGGGCCGGACACGUCGGAGUCGCGGAGAGACUUGUGAGGGCUCACCGGGGCUCUUGGCACCGCGUCUGUGGGCUCAGUCUUGCUCCAAGAAGGCAACCGGGGACUGACACCAGCCUGUCCAAGGAGUUGGAGGGAUUCAUUUAAGAGUGAUUGUUUCCCCUCGUGGUCUCCAGCCGAGCAGUUGGGUUGGCGUCGUCCUGCAGGCUUUGGGCACCCCAGCUCCGCCCGGCUGUCUGGUUCGUAACCUGCGCUCCUCAGUCACCCUGGUGCACCCACGCCCGAGCAGGAGCACCGCGCGCGAGAAGUCGCCGAGGCUCCGCCAGCGCUCUGGGUGUAGUCUCCCGCCGCCGCCGCCGCAGUCUACUCCGCCGGGGGACCUGCCCGCAGACGCGAAGAGCCAAACUUUUCUUUGAGGUUUGCGAGGCACCACUGCUCCUCACUAGCUUAGCUGCUGCUUAACCAGUUCCAGGGUGCCGGCGGGGCUAGGUUUUUGGCUUCGGAUCCCCACCCUUCCUCGGCGCACCGCCCGGAGCCGCAGCACCUAGACUCCUGCGAGAUUUCCAAGGGUUGCCAGGUUAAGGCACAGACGAGGCGGGGAAGGAGUUCUCACACUCCUGGGGUCCACAGGCGUAAUCCCCAUCCACGCGGAGCCUUCCUCCUGCAGUUUCCCACCGGCCGCUAAAGUAACUUGGAGCGAAGCGGGGCACAGUGCGCGGGCCCUGGGCGGCGGCGGAUCCGUGAGCAGCCCGCGGCGCCAACGCUGAGCCGGGCCCGGCGGGCCAGUGUAUGUCUCCCCGCGGCCUCGGCGCGCAACUCCCGGUGACUGUGCAGCGUGCGCCGCCGCCUGCCCCGACCCGCGCUGCUGCCGCCCGGCCCGGCGCGCACCUCCUUCUCCCGGGGUGACCGGCCUGCUGCCGCUGCUCGGAACAGCUUGGCACCCCUUCCCCGCCCUCGCCGCCUCCACCGCACACACGCACGCUUCUCUCCAUCUUGUGAUUCCUAAUUUCCUCCUGAACCAACCCUCCAGCGGGGGUACGAGUUUGUCUUUAUUCUCCUCUCCACCGCAUUCUUUUCUUCUCGUUCUCCUCCCCCUCCCCAGCUUGGUGUGCGCCACUUUCUUUUCUCGCUCCUCUUCGUUUUUUAAAUUUAUUCAUAUUUAUUUGGCUCCCGCUUUCGCGCUCGCUCUCUCUUCCCUUCUCUGCCUCCCUCGCUCUCUCCCUCCCUCCGGAUCCCUGCUUUCUCCCCGGAGUGGCGCGUCGGGGGCUCCGCCGCUGGCCAGGCGUGAUGUUGCACGUGGAGAUGUUGACGCUGGUGUUUCUGGUGCUCUGGAUGUGUGUGUUCUGCCAGGACCCGGGCUCCAAGGCCGUCGCCGACCGCUACGCCGUCUAUUGGAACAGCAGCAACCCCAGAUUCCAGAAGGGCGACUACCACAUUGAUGUGUGCAUCAAUGACUACCUGGAUGUUUUCUGCCCUCACUAUGAGGACUCUGUCCCAGAAGAUAAGACUGAACGUUAUGUCCUCUACAUGGUGAACUUUGAUGGCUACAGUGCCUGCGACCAUACUUCCAAAGGAUUCAAGAGAUGGGAAUGUAACCGGCCUCACUCUCCAAAUGGACCACUGAAGUUCUCUGAAAAAUUCCAGCUCUUCACACCCUUCUCUCUAGGAUUUGAAUUCAGGCCAGGCCGGGAAUAUUUCUACAUCUCCUCAGCAAUCCCCGAUAAUGGAAGGAGGUCCUGCCUAAAGCUCAAAGUCUUUGUGAGACCAACAAAUAGCUGUAUGAAAACUAUAGGUGUUCAUGAUCGUGUUUUCGAUGUUAACGACAAAGUAGAAAAUUCAUUAGAACCAGCAGAUGACACCGUACAUGAGUCAGCCGAGCCAUCCCGCGGCGAGAACGCGGCACAAACACCAAGGAUACCCAGCCGCCUUUUGGCAAUCCUACUGUUCCUCCUGGCGAUGCUUUUGACAUUAUAGCACAGUCUCCUCCCGUCACCUGUCACAGAAAACAUCAGGGUCUUGGAACACCAGAGAUCCACCUAACUGCUCAUCCUAAGAAGGGACUUGUUAUUGGUUUUUUGGCAGAUGUCAGAUUUUUGUUUGUUUCUUUCAGCCUGAAUUCUAAGCAACAACUUGGGGCCAGGAGGGGCUAACGAACGUGGUUGCUGCUCCCAUCACCACCGCCCCCCACCCCCAGCCCCUGCCCCUGACUUCUCUCACCCUUUCCAAAUUAAAUGGACACCAGAUGAAAAAGCCAAAUUGUAGUGACACCAGUGGUCGUCAGCUCCCGUGCAGUCUCCUCUAAGCGCUCACCGCCGGUACUGCCCUGGGUCUGCGGUAUACGGGCCAGGAAGAAUAGUGGCAGCUGCAGCCAGUGACGGCGAGGCCCAGGAGGGUUUCACUCUCCCACACGAUAUUUAUGCCUCUCAUUCAGGACUGUAAGAUGAUCGUACAGGGCAUCGUGUCACCAUGACAAGCCCAGAGGGGAGGUAUUAGGAAUAGAUAUAAUAUUACACCAUUUCCUCUAGGAGUAUAUAAAUGAACAGGCUUCUAAAAGGUUGAGACACUUUUUUUAGAGAUGACUGUCUUAAAGCAUUCUUGACAGCAAAACUUGUGCUCCAUAAAAGAAGCCUUUUUUUCUAUGUGGCAGGUCAGGUGCUGGAAUGCUAGCACAGAUUAAGUGUGAAAACAGAAAACGAGGUGUGGUGGGGUGUGGUGGGGGCGUGUAUGUGUGAGUGCCUCUAAUUGUUUUGGUGACUGGGCAGUGCACACCAGGGUUUUUGGGGUUUUUUUCCUUUGAAUACAGAUCACCAUGGUGCUACAACUUUUUUUUCUUUUUUUUUUUCUAUUUUUAGAAACUCAAAAGAGGCAUUUUUAUGAAUAAAGUGACCUUCCCCAAGGCUGACAAGCCAGGGUUGAUGAGUGUAUAAUGGAAUAUUUGGAUACUCCUCUGGGGGCCAGUGUGUACCAAGGAAAGGAUGUCAGUGGCCAGAGGAGAUGUGAUUUGGCUUUGCUGGGGUGCCAGUGUGCUGUGGCCUUUCCGACUCCCACCCUAGUACCCGCGUUCUGCUCCACACUCCGUGACUACAGGGGCUCAGACACAAGCCCCUGUCACCAAGAGAGUCAGUCAGCACUACUUGGGAGGGCUAAAGGGAAAUUUGGAAUAAAAAUUCCAAAGUUUGAAAUAAAAAAAAAUUCAAGCGUUGAUUUUAUAUUCUUUCCCUUUCUGACACAGCCUGAAGCGUAGGGAGAACGUGUUUAUCUGUGGGAGAUAAACAAGGUGGAGUCCCAAAGACUUUAACAAAAUAUUUUUUUAAAAAUCCACUAGAAUAGAAAAUACAUUAUUUAGAUAUACUUUAUGCUGAGAGUGAGUAUAUAUGCUUGUCCUAUUUAAACUUGUGAGAAAAAGUGGUAUCCCUUGAUACAUUUAGAAAUAUUGGGGCUAUCUUGUUUCAUUGUGGGGGUGGGACAGAAAGAGAAUAAACACAGGAGGACCCUGUUUAAGAAAUCUUAGCAUGGCCAAUAAGGGACGUUUCCAGUUGAUUACCAGGAAAUGCAAGCCUUGGGGGUUUCUAGUGGUAAAGCUGUCAUGAACUUUGAACUCCAAAGCCGAGACAGGGAACAGUGUCAGACCAAUGGAGAAGAAGCCUAGCCUUUUUUGCUAUUGAACAACAUGUCAAUAGAAACCAUGCCUUUCAAAACAAAACAAAAUAUAAAUGCAAUGAUCAUGUGAGAUGUGAAAAUUUAGAAGCACUCCAGCAAAAUAGGGAUCUUUUUUAUAUAUUUGGUUUUUUAAAUGUAUAUGUAAGAAAAGGGGGGGCUCAUACUAUGGACACACUUCAUGAAUGGGAAUAUGCUAAGAAUUGUGAAUAGUUCUGAAUUAGAAAAAUAUGUGAAUGAAAGGCAGCUGUAAAGGUCCUACACCCUGGAGAGGUGUACACAUGUUGAAAUGUAAUCUGGGCUUACCCCGAUCCGUUUGGAGUGGAUGUCACUGCUAGGCCUGCUCACACUUGGGACCAGCCUCGCAGAUACAGCCAGUCCUGUUCCCCCAGCCAUCAGAACUUCUCUGGAGUGACAGAGCCUUAUCACAGAAGGCAGCCACCAUUUCACUGAAACAAACGUUCACAGCAUUGGAUUAUUUUUUCCUUUAACUAUUUAUAUGCUCAGUACUCUAAGUAACAGCCAGUAAUGCUUCUUUUAUCAACAGUUACAGGCUUGUUGGUCCAGUGGGAUUUGGAUAGGGCAGGGGGAAGAUCCUUCUAAAAUGGAUCCAUAGUCAGAACCAAAAUAAUACUGCAUGUUCUAUAACCAUAAGGAAAUCAAAUGAUCCUGUAAUAAUUCCAGUUAGUCAUAACUACAUUAGCAGUGCUAAUUUCAUUUUAGAAAUGGUGACUUCUGUGAUUUUUCUAGCAUUUGUCUCUAACAAAUGGUAAAAUAAUUACUCAUGGCCCUCUCUGCCAUUGCCUCUCAUUUUUCACAGUGAAAUUAGACCCCUUUACUUCACCAUUGUGCCACUACCAACUUAACAAAAAAAAAAAAAAAAAAAAGCAAGACUAUCCCCACCAGUAGACAAUGUGCUUCUCUACCUAUAAGUGAUGUAAUUGUAGGUAACGCUAGCGGAGAAGUUUUCAAGAAGAUGAUUGGUAUCAGACAGUUGUCAUGUCAUCCAAAAGUGCUGGUGGCCUGUUGCGGUGGUGUUACAACCCUCUGGGGGCUUAGAAGUAUGUCAGUGCAACUUUGUAGCAGCUUUUAAUUUCAAAAACAAUUCAGAAGUAUAAAGGGCAGUCUUAGCUGCCUCUCAGCCCCAGUUAGUCAAACCCCAGCGACCUUUGCCCCUGGUUACCAAGGGCUUUGCAACAUAAAGCAGGGAAAUAAGGAUCUGUCUGUCUAGUGGAUACCGUGUAUCCUUUAAUAGACCAGGUAACAGUUCGUGUUAGUUUAGACUAUUGUUUUGUACUGUACUUUCUUGGGUGGCAGAGGAAAAAAAAAGUAAAACAUUAAAAAAAAAACUGCAGUUCUUUAAAUUCUGUAUUAUUAGCAACCUCUGUUGUAUAUAGUGUUUGAUAAUAAAGUAUUAAUUUGAUUCUUAUGUCUUUUGUAAGUGAGAACAAUAGUCUUUCAGGAUACAAACCAUGCAUUGAGGCUGAGAUGAGUCAUAAAUGGCUGAAAAACGGCUCCAUACAGGACUCACGUGUGGUCAUCGCCCUCCCAGUCCUCAAGACUCCACCAUCCUGAGACCUGGAACAUGACUUUUUGAUCAAUAUUUUGUCCUCAAUGUUUUCAAGGUCUGAUGUUGGAGCCCUGUGGUAUUUCCCACCCUUACCCCCCAACCCCCAGCAUGUUGGUUUGAUAAGUUUUAGAGCAUUUAGCAACAGUUCUGUACCUUGGUUUUCUGUUUGUGGUUGUUUUCAUAGACUGUUUCAGUUUUCCCCAGGAAGUCUUUGCAGCCCACACGUGGGAAAAGUUGCAAACCAGUCCAUUUAGGAAGGUUAAAUGGGGGUUAUUUCCCUCUGUGUCAUUGUGGACGGGAGAGUCACACAGUACCUGUGGGUUUUCAGGGACUUAAUUUUUCUCUGGUGCCUUAGCAAUGGGCAGCAGCCAUUUGUAUUAGUUUCCUCCAAAUUAGUAAAGCAUUUUAAACUCCUCUCCAUUCAUUGCUCUCAGAGCUGUGGUCACUAGUUUUUCUUUCGAAAACCACCUCCACUAACACCCCCCGUUUGCCUACCACCCCCACCCCCCCACUUUUGUUCCUUGUUUUUCUCUCUCCCUCCGUUUUAUUUUCCCUCAGAACCGUGAAUGGGCAGGUCUGUCUCUGGUUUGGCAUCACUGAGUUUUUCCCAUGCACUUGCCCCAGAGCUGCUCGGAUGUGAGACAAAUCUCCCUACAAUGGGCUUGCUCCCAUUGUCUGUACAGUUUAAUAGAUGCUGGCAUGUUGGAGGUUACCCAUGAGUCAAAAUCCGCUUUCCAUGCUUACUCUUGACACCGCAUUGAAGCCACUCAUUGUGUGUGCGUCUGGGUGUGAAGUCCAGCUCCGUGUGGUCCUGUGCUUGUGCUGCCCUGCUUUGCAGUUCCUUUGCACUUACUCAUCGAGUGCUGUUUUGAAAUGCUGACAUUAUAUAAACGUAAAAGAAAAUGUAAAAAAAAAAAAAAAAAGACACACACAAACAAAUCCAUACGAUCUGUAUUUGUAUAUACACGUGUCCGUACAAGUAUACCUAAAUAAAAAUUAAAGAUUUUCAUCAUUUUAA